AUGAGUUGCGCAAUCGCCAUCCUCUUGAAUACGGUCGGACGCUUAGUGGUCACGGGCUUGGACAAUGGUUUAUCGCACUAUGGUGUCUACAACGUUCCCCUAAGCUAUCAGUUUCUAGUGCCAGAGGAAAAACUUGGAAUUCACGUAUCUGCGAGCCAAAUCACUCAACCCGGCACUCAUGUAGUAGCAUACUGCUCCAUCAUUAACAAUCUGAGUCAACUCGUUGACGUCAUCAUCAAAGACUUGCCCGACAUAACCCGCUCUCCCAAGCUAUCUUCCUCGGAACAUGUCAAUUUAGAAACGAAGUGUCGGAGUUAUAUUGAAAAAAAGAGUCUUGCUGCUGUCGAGCUCAGCAUGUCAGAACUCAAGAAGGACGGUUAUUGUACGGAUGAUAACUUGGCAAGUCUCAACUUCCAGGGAAUAUUGGGUGUGAGCGGAAACUAUUCAUGUUUUGCAGCGCCGGUGGAAGCACCAAACUUCAAUAUAACUGCCGACGAGCCCAUACGCAUGGAAUCUUUCCUUUCCGAGGGAGAGUUACUUCGAGAUAGAGGAUUAUUAAUCAGCCCGAAUGCAAUGGCUUGGUUCCAAGGACACCUACACAUAUUUGAACAACGAGUGUCCGAUGAUGACGAUCACACAUGGUGGUAUCCUCUCACUAGAAUAGGUCAAGAAGAUUCUAAUGCCCCGAUAAUUGUGGACUUUAUUUACCAAGCCAUCCCUCAAAUAUCAUGGUUCAUGAACGUGAUAAUUGGAUUCAAUAAGUUGAUGGUCACAACAAGCUUACCCAGCCUUAUGCUGAACGCCAGUCAGGAAGAAUCCAACAAAGCAUACCAUAAUCGUAAUCCUGAGAACUUCGACCACCCCAAGUACAUUUAUGAUGAACAAUUUUCAGAUCGACGAAAAGAUUACAUUCAAUUCAAGUUUUGUAAAGAUACUUCCAAAUUAUUAAAUAAUCUCGGUCUCCCGACUUCUGAAUACGACGAAAGUUUUGGUUGUCACGUCCCCAAGUAUAUGAGCGACGAGGAGAGCAUAGGCCAGCUAAAGACGAUCAAGCUACCACCUCAAUCAGAUACAUCUGUACCCGCCGAAACUUUCACCAGCCAACCAGGAAAGGGCUGGCUAUGUGAUGAGAGGGAUCUAUGGGAAAAUGGGCCUCCGAAGAAAGCUCCAAGUAUUUCAAGGAAGCUACAGUAG